AUGGAUGGAUACACGGCCGAAGUGGGCGGCAUGGGACCACAGGACGAGCCAGCUGCACGCAUCGCGCCAUUUUUCAUCCCCCCUCUCGUUCCAAGCGUUUCCAUCAACGAGUCCAUCUAUCCCCAUUCCUCGAAAAACCUUGUCUUGAGAACUACACAGAAACUGCCUCAAUUCAGCCAAGUGGGAGGAGGAGGAGGAGAAGGAGGAGGAGGGGGUGUACCGGCUCACGACCGAGAAGGGGAAACAGAGUCCCCAUCCGUGUUUACGCAGCGGGACUCCCAAGGGGCCGCCGGAGUGGGCACGACUGGCGCGACGAGAUCGGAAUGUAGAUGGCUGAUCGGCGUCCUGACAGGGGACCCGACUCUCUCGUUCCGAAAAGAAACCGCGAAGGAGGCUCUGCCAGACUGCCCAGGACUCUGGGAAGAUAUCCCUCCCCCCCGCCUCAUGUCCCCUCCUAAGCGUGCAUAUUGCUCGUGGUGCUUUAGACUGCAUUGGGAAACAGAAACUCUUGGAACGUGGGCGACCCGGCGCAAAGCUUCAAAGGUAUGUCUGCCGAACGCUUUGGAGACUGAGAAUCAGGUUUUCGAUGCCCAGGAUGAAGGAGAGGAACGGGUUUAG